AUGAAGUUCAGAAGGUAUCUGAGAGGAAGUGGAAGGGUUCUUGCGUUCGUCUUCAUCGCUUCUGUAGUUUGGCUGCUGUUCGACAUGGCAGCUCUGAGACUGUCCAUUUCAGACGUGAACGGACAACUUCUGAAAGAACUCGUCAUUAAAGAAAGAGAACUGGCCAAAAGAGAGAAGAUAAAGGACACAAACAUCAGAAAGUAUCCUGUACACAGAGAUGUAGAGGCAGAGACUCGUUUAAACCUGCUGGAGAAAACCGUGGUCGAAGUUUACAGGCAGGAGAAGUCUGGAAGGAAUCGUGGAGAAGUAAAUGUGCAACCAAAGUUGGACACCAAAACACAACAAACUAUGAAGAAACCAAACAGAAAUGAACCAAACCAUGAUGUAAAUACGAAACCAGAAAGCACACCAGAGGUAAAUGACAAGAAAGUCGUACUGGUAGGAACAACGAAGCCACCUGCUGGCAAGAAAGAAAACAUAGUCAUUGUAAGCCAUGGCGAGAAACUUGGCACCAAUGCCACCAAAGUGCACCAAAUCCAACCAGACCUGAGCACCAAAAUACCUCAAAACACUCAUUUUGUUAAUAAUUCUAGCCACUUAGCUGGACUGGACUCUCAAUCCAAGCAACACAAGCAGGAAAAACCCACCAAUGAUGUCCAAGAACUUGACCAACCAAAAGACAACACUGUCAUCAAGGUCGAUGACAAACAUCUGAACAUAGCCGUGAAACCUUCUCACCCUCGGACGACACCACUUGCACACCCAGAUGAGCUCCUGAACUCCACUUUUGUCAGGAAGUCAGGCGGGUUGCAUAAAGUCAUGAGCCUGGAUAUGACCCUCAAGCCUAGGGAUGCCCACGCGCCAGGGCAGUUCGGCCAGGCGGCAGAGGUGCCCCCGGACAUGCUGGAGGAAAGCAGGAGGAGAUGGCCAGAGGGUCAUUUCAAUGUCUUCCUGAGCGAGCAGAUCCCGGUGGACCGGGCCAUUCCGGACACAAGACCUCCAGCAUGCGGGGAGAAGCUGAUCCCAGACAACCUCCCCACCACCAGCGUGAUCUUCUGUUUUGUGGACGAGGUGUGGUCCACUCUCCUGCGCUCAGUCCACAGCGUGCUGAACAGAUCCCCACCUCACCUGCUCAAAGAGAUUCUGCUGGUGGACGACUGCAGCACCAAAGACUUCCUGAAGGACAAGCUGGAUGCUUACAUGUCUCAGUUGCCCAAGGUCAGGAUAAUCCGUCUGAAGGAGAGACACGGGCUGAUCCGGGCGAGGCUCGCCGGAGCUGCUGAAGCAAAAGGUGAUGUUCUGACCUUCCUGGACUCUCAUAUCGAGUGUAACGUGGGCUGGCUGGAACCGCUGCUUGAGAGAGUCUACCUGGAUCGCAGGAAAGUAGCCUGUCCAGUCAUCGAGGUCAUCAACGACAACGACAUGAGUUACACGAUGGUGGACAAUUUUCAAAGAGGCAUCUUUAAAUGGCCCUUAGUUUUCGGCUGGAGCACAAUCCCACGUGACUACAUCAAAAAACACAAUGUAAAGGUCGCCGAUCCCAUCAGGUGUCCUGUGAUGGCUGGAGGUUUGUUCUCUAUAGAUAAGAAAUAUUUCUAUGAGCUGGGAGGAUACGAUCCAGGACUGGAUGUUUGGGGAGGGGAGAAUAUGGAGCUCUCCUUUAAGAUCUGGAUGUGCGGCGGUGAGAUCGAGAUCAUUCCGUGCUCCCGCGUCGGCCACAUCUUCCGUGGUGAAAACCCUUACGGCUUUCCCAAGGACCGCCAGAAGACGGUGGAACGGAACCUAGCGCGAGUGGCUGAGGUGUGGCUGGACGAUUAUAAGGAGGUGUUUUAUGGGCACGGCUACCUGCAUCUGCUGGAUAAGAAAAGCAUAGACAUUGGAAACCUUACAGAGCAGAUCCAUCUGCGCCAAAAGCUCCAGUGCAAGAGCUUUAAAUGGUACCUGGAAAGCGUUUACCCCGAGCUGGAUACACCGCCGGCCAAAGCUGAAGGCCUGGUUUUCAACAAGGGUGUUAGAAAGUGUCUGGUCUUGGAAAAAGACUCUUUAGCUUUUGAGACCUGUGAUCUUAGCAAACAGAGUCAGCUCUUCAGCUACAGCUGGCUGAGAACGCUCCGCCACAACGCUUCCUGCUUGUCUCCCAAUGUAACAGAGAGAAGAGUGGCGGUGGAGACGUGUGAUAACACCAAACGAGACCACCGCUGGUUAUACCAGACCAGUAAAGUUCUGGCAGAGCACCUGAUCGCUGAAGGAUCUCCUCGUAACCUGUGUCUGGAGGCUGGAUCUAAAUCUGACGCCGUCUACCUGAGGUCAUGUGAGGCCUCCAGCCCCUUUCAGAAAUGGCACUUUACACAUAACUACGCUUAGCGAGCCACAGGGAGCUGCUUUUUCAUCUCACCUGAUCGUGAUGAAGACGUGUUGAUGUGUUUAUGGGAUUUAUGUUCAGUGUGGUAAAUUAUGUUUUGUGCAAUAGUUACGUUUGUUACAGGGGAAGCUACACUAAUCAUGAUUUUGAUAUUUGGGUUCUAAGCUUUUUUUAUCUUUUAUAUUUUUCUUACAUUCAGUCGACGGUGCUCGACUAGUGCCUAAAGCAGUAAAGGGUCGUAUCACACUACAUUUUCAAUGAUGUAGGAGUUGAUUUUUAAGCUUAUUUGAUUUGUUUUUAUUAUGGUAACAGUUUGGUACAUAUAUUAUCAAUAUUUUUGUAUUGUUUACAGUGAACGCUGGGCCUCGAGUUCAGUGUUUCGUGUUGUACAAACGUUUCUCCGACGCUAGGGGGAGCUGUUUACAAAUAUUUUUAAAUUCUCCUCUUGUGGGCUGCUAAGGUUUCUAUUCGACUUUAUUAAAUCCGGUUUUUUUUAUCAUUUAACAAACAUGUAUGUGUCUUUUUUCGGUAGUCACCAAGUGCCAUGGAUAAAUCUGCGUCAGGGUCUUCUAUACAUGAGUUCAGUUCUCGUGUUUGUUGACCCUAGGUGUGAAUGGAUUACAUUUACAUUUUUGGCAUUUAGGAGAUGCUUUUAUCCAAGGCGACUUACAGUACUGUGUGGGUCCAACAGCAGCAACCUGGCAGUGGUGGGGCUUGAGACAGCGAUCUUCUGAUUACUAGUCCAGUACCUUAACCACUAGGCUGGAUUGACUUCCUUCCUUUCUCGUGGUUCUGGGCAGGUUCUGGAACCUAAGGCAUACAAUUAAUAAUAUAAAAGAAUUAAUAAUUACCAGCAUUUUAUUGCACACACUUUGUACAUACAAUCACUGUGUGUUUUAUUAGGCACAUUAACUUUAUAGGUGCCUUAUUAGACUUGCAGACCAGUGUGGUUGUUAGAAAGUGUACCUCAUUCAUGUUCAUGUUCAUUUGCUAUCUGUGACUGUCAUGAUUUAUUACCAGUGCUGGAUUUAGGUGUAGGUAGGUAAACUGGGCAGCUUCAUUGGGUCUGAUCUUCACAAAUCAAGCCAAAU